AUUCUUCAUGUGGUGUGGUGUAUAGUUUAGUUUCCUUCUUUUGGAUUUCUUCCGUGCUGUCUAUCGAAUUACAGAGAUGGGGGCUUAUCGGUACAUGCAGGAACUUUAUAGGAAGAAGCAGAGCGAUGUGAUGCGGUACUUGCUACGUAUUCGCGUUUGGCAAUACCGUCAACUAACAAAAUUGCAUCGUUCUCCAAGACCUACUCGCCCGGAUAAGGCACGGCGUUUAGGAUACCGAGCAAAGCAGGGAUUCGUGAUUUACAGAAUCCGUGUACGCCGCGGAGGUCGUAAGCGUCCUGUUCCCAAAGGAUGCACUUAUGGCAAGCCGAAGAGUCAUGGUGUUAACCAAUUAAAGCCCUAUCGUGGCUUGCAAUCCAUUGCUGAGGAACGUGUUGGUCGUAGACUUGGCGGCUUGCGAGUUUUAAACUCGUACUGGAUUGCGCAGGAUGCUUCCUAUAAAUAUUUUGAAGUUAUCUUAAUUGACACACACCACAGUGCAAUUCGUCGUGACCCAAAAAUCAACUGGAUCUGCAGGCAUGUCCAUAAGCAUCGUGAACUGCGUGGCCUUACAUCGGCAGGAAAAAGUUCGCGCGGUAUUGGCAAAGGGUAUAGAUACUCCCAGACUAUUGGUGGAUCUAGGCGUUCUGCUUGGAAGCGCAAGAACCGUGAGCACAUGCACAGAAAGCGAUAAAUUGUAAAGCAUUUAUUUUAUUGGUAAAAUAAAGCACUGUGCACGAAGAGAACAUAUACAAAAAAUUUUGUUUAUUGUUCACACAAAUAGAUUUAACCGGUAUCAGGUAUUCAAAUCUUUGUUUUGGUAUGUUGGUUUAUUUAAAAUUGAUGUAUAAUUUCUUACAUUCAUCGAACUUUUAUGAACAAUUUAAAAUAGAUGGAAAUUUACUAAUCUUGUCUCAUGAAUUUCCAUAUAAAUAAAAACUAAUUCUGAAAAAAAAA